AUGGCCUCUCUCGGGUGGGAGUCCGGUGCUUACAUCUCUCUCUGUGGUGAGGAGUGGGAGACGCGGCGGGGGCUGAUGUCUGACAUGACCCUCUCUGCAGGCGCCCAGUGGGAGCUGGAGCCUGAACUGACCCACUGUUUGAAGUCGCUAAAGGUGGUUGGUGACACCGUCCUCAGCAGUGGUCAGCAGUGGUCAGCAUUGGUCAGAGUCAGGAGGCACGUGGGGCAGUCUGGAUGCUCCAGGACUGCUGAGGAAGAGAGGAGCGAGGAGAGAGAGAGGGAGGAGCAGGAAAAGAAGGCGAGGAGAGGGAGGAGAGGGGAGGAGAGGAGAGGGAGAAAGGAGAGGGAGGGGAGAGAGAGGAGAGCGAAGAGAUUAGAGAGAGACGAGAGAGCGGAGAUGGAGGAGAGAGAGGAGAGCGAAGAGAUUAGAGAGAGACGAGAGAGCGGAGAUGGAGGAGAGAGAGGAGAGCGAAGAGAUUAG